UCUUGCACGUUAAUCCUUUCUUCAAAAGAAAUUGGUGUUGCAGCAAUUUUAAUGUCAAAAAACGAAAAUUCCAUUCCAAAAUAAGGAACCAUUUUUUCUUAAAUUGUUUUCUAGGGUUUUGUAAUAGUAUCAUAUCAUUAGCAUCUUCCCCAUAGACCUGCACGCACAACAAAUAUUAACGCUGAACUGAACAAAAAUGGUGGAGAAGGAAGCAGAAAAUUCAGCUUCGACUCCAUUAGACCUGUUCUUGAAAAUCGGACUCGAAGAAAAAACAGCUAAGAACACCAUCGCCAACACCAAAGUCACUAACAAUCUUCUCGCCGUCAUUCACGAGGCGGGAGUUACUGAAGGAUGCAACAGAACGGUUGGAAAUCUACUUUACACUGCAGCUACGAAAUACCCUGCAAAUGCACUUGUUCAUCGGCCUACGUUGCUUGGAUAUAUAGUUUCCGCCAAGAUUAAAACGCCGGCACAACUAGAAGCUGCAUUUUCCUUUUUAUCUAAUACUGCUUCUGAGAGUUUCAAUUCGAAUGAAUUUGAAGAAGCAUGUGGUGUGGGUGUUGAGGUCUCGGAAGAAGACAUUAAAAGGACUGUAAAUGAAGUGUUUGAACAAAAUAAGGCAUCAAUUCUGGAGCUGCGCUAUCGAACUAAUGUGGGUGAUCUAUUUGGGCAUAUUCGCAAGAGGCUUCCUUGGGCUGAUCCUAAAAUUGUCAAGAAACUCGUAGAUGCAAAAUUACUCGAAUUACUUGGGGAAAAGACUGCAGCUGAUCUUGAGAAGCCCGCAAAACAGAAAAAGGAGAAACCUGCAAAAGUCCAGAUUGUGCAGGACAAGAAAGUUGCUGAUUCACCUGUACAGACAUCUGAGGAAGAUCUUAAUCCAUUCCUGAUAUUUCCGAAUCCUGAUGAAAAUUUCAAGGUGCAUACUGAAGUAUUCUUCAGCAACGGCUCUGUUUUGAGAUGCAGCAACACAAGGGAAUUGCUUGAUAAACACCUGAAAGCAACAGGUGGGAAAGUUUACACUCGUUUCCCUCCUGAGCCAAAUGGAUAUCUACAUAUUGGUCAUGCUAAGGCCAUGUUUGUUGACUUUGGUCUGGCAAAAGAGCGAGGUGGAUGCUGCUAUCUUAGAUUUGAUGAUACAAACCCUGAGGCUGAAAAGAAGGAAUAUAUUGAUCACAUCCAAGAAAUUGUUGAGUGGAUGGGUUGGAAACCCUUCAAGAUCACAUAUACUAGUGAUUAUUUCCAAAAUCUUUAUGAUUUAGCGAUCGAGCUGAUACGUAGGGGUCAUGCUUAUGUUGAUCACCAGACAGCUGAUGAAAUUAAGGAGUACAGAGAAAAGAAGAUGAAUAGUCCAUGGAGGGAUCGGCCAAUUGCAGAGUCUCUGAAACUUUUUGAUGAAAUGAGAGUAGGCCUGAUUGAAGAAGGCAAGGCGACACUCAGAAUGAAGCAAGACAUGCAGAGUGAUAAUUUUAAUAUGUACGACCUCAUUGCUUAUAGAAUCAAGUUCACUCCUCAUCCACGUUCAGGAGACAAGUGGUGUAUUUAUCCAAGUUAUGAUUAUGCUCACUGCACGGUGGAUUCUCUAGAGAAUAUCACUCAUUCGCUUUGUACACUGGAGUUUGAGACACGACGUGCUUCAUAUUACUGGUUGUUACAUGCAUUGGGCAUAUAUCAGCCUUACGUGUGGGAAUACUCGCGGCUGAAUGUUGCAAACACUGUGAUGUCAAAGCGUAAAUUAAAUUUCUUGGUGACUAAGAAUUAUGUUGAUGGUUGGGAUGACCCUCGUCUUAUGACGCUUGCUGGUUUAAGGCGUAGGGGUGUUACGGAAACUGCUAUUAAUGCUUUUGUUCGUGGAAUUGGAAUCACCAGAAGUGAUGGUAGUUUGAUACGCUUGGAUCGGCUGGAGCAUCAGAUAAGAGAAGAACUUAACAAAACUGCACCUCGUAUUAUGGUUGUCCUGCAUCCUCUAAAGGUGGUCAUUACCAAUCUAGAAUCUGGUUCAAUUAUGGAUGUUGAGGCGAAGAAAUGGCCUGAUGCACAAUCUGAUGAUGCUUCUGCUUUUUACAAGGUUCCAUUUUCUAAUGUUGUAUACAUUGAACAUUCUGAUUUUCGGAUGAAAGAUUCGAAGGAUUAUUAUGGGCUUGCACCGGGUAAAUCUGUCUUACUCAGGUAUGCUUUUCCUAUAAAAUGCACAGAAGUAGUCCUGGCUGAAGAUAACGAGACUGUUCUGGAGAUCCGGGCUGAAUACGAUCCUUUCAAAAAGACAAAGCCAAAGGGUGUUCUUCAUUGGGUUCCUGAACCUUCCUCUCAGGUUGAUCCAUUGAGAGUGGAAGUCAGAUUAUUUGAGAAACUUUUUAAUUCAGAGAAUCCUGCUGAGCUUGAAGAUUGGCUAGCUGAUCUAAAUCCACAGUCCAAGGAGGUUGUGUCCAAUGCCUUUGCUGUUCCGUCACUUGGAAAUGCCACUGUUGGCGAAAGUUUCCAGUUCGAACGACUUGGCUAUUUUACUGUUGAUAAGGACUCCACACCUGAUAAACUCGUCUUCAAUCGUACCGUGACCCUGAGAGAUGGCUAUGGUAAGGCUGGGAAAUAGGUCAUUGUCCAAGAAGCUGAAUCAGAAUAUGAUUAAGCUAUCUAUGGGCAAACACUUUUGUCAUUUACAAUUCAUACGUGUAUAAAUGUUUAAAGAAUUAAUCAGUUUUUAGUUUUUAAA